AUGAAUCGAACAUAAUGCAAAUGCGAUGAGAAUCUCAAGAAGGACUUUGAAAACUGUUCUCAAUCUUUGGAAUGGCUGAAGAUCCAUUAUGACAUUAAAAAAUUAGAUAAUAUGCGAAACGAUUACUAAUAAUUAUGUAAAAUAGAGAUUGCCGAUUAAUAGUAAUGGAUAACUAAACAACGUAAGUAAAUAGAAAGGGACUUGAUGAGAACAUUUCCGAAUGAACCAUUCUUUUAAUAAAAGCAAGGAAAGGAGGCUUUGCAAAGAUUACUCUAUACUAUUGCAAUUUAUGACAUGGGUGUUGGAUAUGUGCAGGGAAUGAAUUUCUUGGCAGGCGCUCUCCUAUAUCAUAGCGAAGAAUGCGUAGCCUUCUGGAAUUAUGUGACAUUAUAUGAGCGAUUAUAGUUGAGAGACAUUUAUUUGGAGAGUAGUCUAUAAUCAUAAGAUAGACCUUCCUGGGUUAUCAAAGCACAUAUAAAUAGUGUAAUUGUUAUGUAUGAGCCAACAAAGAAAACUCUAUGA